GAUAUCCGCUUGAAUGAAUGGCAAGACGCAAGCAGCUGUCCAUCGCCAAAACUAAACCGCAUCUUCUUCGUCGGAUUCAUCCAGAUAUCGCUAUUGAGGAAUUUCAUUGACAGCAAUGGGCCAGGCAUCAUCAUCUCUUUCCACCGACGGCAACCAAAUCAAUACGUUUAAUUACAGAUCCACGAUGUCGAAUCGUAUGGAGAAAGGGACUUCUUCCGAAGAAGAAUGCAUGGAGGAUUUCAUCUCUAACAUUCCUGACGAAUGUUUAGCUUCCAUUUUUGAAUCUCUCGGAUCCGGCGACAGGAUACGAUGUUCCCUCGUCUGUACCAGAUGGUUACGAAUCGAGGGCCAGAGCCGCCAUCGUCUCUCUCUCAACGCACAAGCGGAUCUUCUAUCAAUGAUUCCUAAAAUGUUUUCUCGUUUCGAUUCGAUCACGAAACUCGCUCUGAGAUGUGAUCGGAGAUCCGUUAGCAUCGGUGACGAAACACUUGUACUCAUAUCUCUCCGUUGCCGGAAUCUUACCCGUUUGAAGCUCCGAGGAUGUCGUGAAUUGACUGACUCCGGUAUGGCUGCGCUCUCGAUGAAUUGUAAGAAUCUGAAGAAGCUAUCAUGUGGAUCGUGUACUUUUGGGGCGAAAGGUAUGAACGCCGUUCUCGAAAAUUGUUCUUCUUUGGAGGAAUUAUCCGUUAAACGCCUCCGAGGCCUUAACGGCGGAGCAUUGGUUGAACCUAUUGUGCCUGGCGUUGCUGGAUUAUCGCUGAAAACGUUAUGUUUAAAGGAGCUCUCAGAUGGGCUUAGCUUCGGGCCACUCAUAAUCGGUGCUGUUAAUUUGAAAACCCUAAAGCUUUUUCGAUGCUCUGGCGAAUGGGAUAAGGUAUUCAAGUUGAUUCCUAAUCAAGUUACUACUAUAACCGAAAUUCAUCUAGAGAAACUCCAAGUUAGCGAUGUUGGUCUAAUUGCUCUUUCGAAUUGUCCAAAGCUUGAAUUUCUCCACCUUGUGAAAACCCCAGAAUGCACAAAUGUAGGUCUUAGCGCUAUUGCUGAAAACUGUAAGCUUUUGAGAAAGCUUCAUAUCGAUGGGUGGAAAAUGAAUAGGAUAAGAGAUGAUGGUCUUAUUGCUGUAGCUAAACAUUGCCCUAACCUUCAAGAACUAGUCCUAGUAGGUGUUAAUCCUACCCGAUUGAGUUUAGAACCAUUAGCCACAAAUUGCAAGAAUCUCGAGAGGUUAGCAUUGUGUGGAAGUGAAUCUGUUGGCGACCCAGAAAUCUCCUGCAUUGCCGAGAAAUGUAUAGCAUUAAAGAAACUAUGCAUUAAAAAUUGCCCUGUAUCGGAUCUUGGCUUGGAAGCUUUAGCUGGUGGGUGCCCUAAUUUGGUAAAAGUGAAGGUGAAGAAAUGCAAACUUGUGACUUCUAAGGGCGUGGAUGGGUUGAGAGCAAGCCGAGGAUCACUAACCAUAAAUUUAGACAUUGAUGAUCCUGAACAAGCUCAUCAGGUUGCAAGUACUAGCCGGAAUGGUGGUGGUGAGAAUAACGUCGGAAGGGCUACUGUGUUUACUGGUCAAGCCGGGGAUGCUAAUAUUGCAUCAAGCAGUAAUGGUAGGGCUAGUUCAUUUAAGGUAAGAUUUGGCUUCACUAAAGGUAGUGGAUUGGUAGCCUGCACCUUGAGAAGGUGGUCAAGCUUUAGCAGCAGAAACAAUAAUACCUAAGAUAGAAAAGUUUGAAAAUUUGUAUUGUUAUUUUGCUGCUUAACUUCCACUAGCUACAAAUUUUAUAUAAAAAAAAGAAGAAACACAAACAAAGUUUCCUGUUAUAGUAAUGAAUAUAAAUCGGUUGUGUAAGUGAAUUGUCAUUUCGGGUAUGUAGAGACAGUUGUUAAACUGCUCAACCUAUAUUAUUAACUGUCUUGUUUGAAUCUCUUACCUUCUUUGGAGGCACUAGGGUUCUUUACUUUUC